AAAAAUCCAGAUGCUGCUUACGAUCAAGCCGACUACGCAUACAUGAAGUUGGAAGCAUUCGUCACGACAAUCGGAAAUGCAAACCUUAACGAACUAUCAUCAACGACAGCAGAAGAAAUGAAAGAGAAACUGAAGACAGCCACAGACCAGUUCGACAAAUCUUUCGACACGUUGAUGGAAAAUCCGAAACCGGACGACGAAUACGCCGCAAAGCAACGCGAGGAACUCCAAUCCAAUGGUCGGCUGUUGAUCCGUUCGGCGGCGAGUUUGGAGAUCAAGCUGAGUCUGUAUACGAAGAAAAACGAAUCAAGCAACCAAUCAACACAAAACGAACGUUCGACAAGGAAAUUACCAAAGGUGGAUCACUACCCCUUCGACAAAGACGACGUCGAGCUUUGGUUCCGCGGAUUCGAAGUGGCCCUGGACAUCCAAGACGUCCAAACGGAACGACAAAAAUUCGGAUGUCUCCUCAGGAUGCUCGACAAAUCGCAGAUCGUUUUCCUCGGUAACGUCGCCGAAGCAAUUCCUCCACAUGAAACACCUUACUCGGAAUCGAAGGAAAUCCUCAUCAAGAAGUUUCGCGUUCCACUAUUCGACCGGAUCCAACGAUUACUCGAGCUGGAACUGGACAGCGGAGAAUUGCCAUCGCACUUCUUGGAACGGGCACGACGGCUACGCAACACAGACGACGACAUCCUAAAAUACAUCCUCUUGAAGAUAUGCCCGCAACAC